CCGGUGGACGGCUGGGCCUUGCUGCGGGCCUGCGCCUCCCUCGGCUCCUGCCGCGGGCCUCGGGGAGUGGGAAAGCCUCUGCAAAUUAAAUUACCUAAUUAUCAGAGGAAGGCUUGAUCUUGGAAGUGAAAGUGUGGCAUAACACAUGGAAGGGACACUAGCAAUUACCUAAAACCUGUGCAUGGGUUGGAGCGAUGUACCAUCUGUGAGUGUGAGGGUGGAAGAUGUCUAUGGAUGUGACAUUUCUGGGUACGGGUGCAGCAUACCCAUCCCCAACCCGGGGUGCCUCUGCUCUGGUCCUUCGGUGUGAGGGCGAGUGCUGGCUCUUUGACUGUGGGGAGGGGACCCAGACACAGCUUAUGAAAAGCCAGCUUAAAGCAGGGAGAAUUACCAAGAUCUUCAUCACACAUCUUCAUGGAGACCAUUUCUUUGGCCUUCCUGGCCUCCUCUGCACAAUCAGCCUGCAGAGUGGCUCUGUGGUCACCAAACAGCCUAUUGAAAUCUAUGGCCCUGCUGGGCUUCGAGACUUUAUCUGGAGAACCAUGGAACUCUCUCACACAGAGUUGGUCUUCCCCUAUGUGGUCCACGAGCUGGUGCCUACAGCAGAUCAGUGUCCUACAGAAGAACUAAAAGAAUUUAUGCACGUGAAUAAAACAGACAGCCAUCCCAAAGAGGGACAAGGAAGAACUAUCCUUUUAGACUCAGAAGAAAACUCAUACCUUCUGGUUGAUGACGAACAGUUUGUUGUAAAAGCAUUUCGCCUCUUUCACCGAAUUCCCUCCUUUGGGUUUUCAGUCGUGGAGAAGAAACGCCCAGGUAAACUCAAUGCACAGAAACUAAAAGACCUCGGUGUGCCACCAGGUCCUGCCUAUGGGAAGCUGAAAAAUGGAAUUUCUGUUGUUCUGGAAAAUGGAGUUACAAUUUCUCCCCAAGAUGUCUUAAAAAAGCCUAUUGUUGGAAGAAAAAUCUGCAUUUUGGGUGACUGUUCUGGGGUUGUGGGUGAUGGAGGAGUGAAGCUGUGUUUUGAAGCAGACCUGUUGAUCCAUGAAGCAACCCUAGAUGAUGGUCAGAUGGACAAAGCAAAGGAGCACGGCCACAGCACACCACAGAUGGCAGCUGCAUUUGCCAAGCUGUGCCAAGCAAAGAGGCUAGUUCUGACUCACUUCAGUCAGAGGUACAAGCCGGUUGCCUUGGCCAGAGAAGGAGAAACAGAUGGGAUCGUAGAACUAAAAAAGCAAGCUGAAUCGGUGUUAGAUCUCCAAGAAGUGACUCUAGCAGAAGACUUUAUGGUGAUUGGCAUUCCGAUCAAGAAAUGAACCCAGUGUUCCAGAAUGCAUCCUCACAUGUCUGUGAACAUGUUCCUGAACCAACAGUCAAGUUGGUUGUGGUGGUGGUGGUGGUGGUUGUGGUUGUGGUUUUGGUCUAAGAUUAUUUGGGUCCUAAUAAUCCUCAACAGGAUAGAGCUGCAUUGCUGGACUGACUCAGCAGUGAGAGGGAGCAAGCUUUUUGAUAAUAAAUCAUUUUAAAAAGAAAGAAAACAGCAUCCUUCUUAAAGUCCAAAUUUGACAAAAUGAUAGACUAUUCAGGUAUACUUUCUGUUGUGCGGCGGCUGCCUCACAUAUAAGGCAGCACCCCCACAAAGUCCUGGGCUUGCUUCUGCCCGUUCUAUUGCUGUUGCUGGCAGGUACAUAGGCUCAGCCUUCCUGGCUAAAAGUGGUGUUUUAGCAGUUUGUUGAAUCUCUUCAUGUUAUUAACAGAAUAGAGAAAAAUGUAAUGAGACAUUAUACAUGCAGGAUUGAAGCUAGCAUAUUAAAUCUUGAUUUGUUUGCUGGAAUACUGAAUGCAGGGUCAAGGUAGGUGUUUAUCCUUCAAUUAAUGCCUUUUUGGAACUUUCUGGUUCUAAACCUGUGGGUCUCAGCUAGGGGUGACACCAUUCCCAUAGAAAUUAUGGGGAUGUUUCUUGUCAAAAUGACUGGGAGGGGGUGCUGGAUAAGAGUACUAUUAGAAUUUAGUCAGUAGGGGAUGCUAGAUCCUACAAAGUUGGGGUCAGUCCUGUACAGUGAAAAAUGAUCUCACCCCAAAAUGCAGAUUGUAGGCCUAUUGAAAUACACAGCAAAGUUAAAAAUUAUACUCCCAAUGGGAAUAUACUUUAUCAAAAUUAGUGACAUGAAUUGAACUGGUUAAGUCAAAUUCUUUUUUUUUUUUUAAAUAUUUUUUUUUUUAUUUAUUUGAGACAGAAUGAGAGAGAGAGAGAGCACGUGAGACGGGGGAGGGUCAGAGGGAGAAGCAGGCUCCCUGCUGAGCAGGGAGCCCGAUGCGGGACUCGAACCAGGGACUCCUGGAUCAUGACCUGAGCUGAAGGCAGUCGCUUAACCAACUGAGCCACCCAGGCGCCCUGGUUAAGUCAAAUUAUUGAAACAAACAUUAGAGAACUAGCUAAGUGAAGAUGUUGGGAUUGUAAUAUCGUAUCAAAUAUUUGACAGAAAUGAGCCAUGAACUGUAACUUAUGAAUCUGGAGGUAAAGAAAUGAUAUCUAUUAAACUGGGGUUUAAUUUAUGUGUCCCUCUUAAUAAUUCUUUGAGCACAGUUUUAAUAAGCUAGCUUUUCCUUCUGAGCUGCCUGCCACCUCCCUUCUGUCUGCCAUGGGAUAUCUCUGACUCAAAAUGGAUUACAUGGAAAGCUAAUCUCAAGCACAGAUUCAUUCAAAAGGAUUUCCUCAUCACAGUUUGGGAAACACUUUAUGUUGUGAGUCCCUCUGGAAGUGUUCUAGUGCCCAUCGAUACCAAAAAAAUAGUACCGCUUGAAUGAUCACAAACCCAUCUUUGGUGCCAGAAAGACAUGAUUUCAGAGUCCCAUUCUGUACCUUGUGGUCUGGUGCAGAUUACUUACUCUUUGUGAGCUUCAGCUUGCUCAUUUCUAAAAUGGGAAAGAUAAUAAGACUGUGUAGGAUUGCUGUGAAGAUUAAAUAAGACAGUGCAUAAAAGGAACAUAGCACAUUGCUUACAGGUGUUGAGAAGUCCUGCAGUAGAGGGGCCUGUCAACUGUUUCGAACCCGUUUCUCAGUCGUGUUUCACCACAUACUAUCUAUUAACCUUUCAGGAACCUUGAGAGUUUUAUAGUAGACAUGUUUAGAAAUUCUAUCAUGGUAUAUACUGUUAAAUUCUUUUGGGUUCUGGGGCUUCUCUCAUAAAAACUUUUGCCUCCUGGUUGGUUCUAGAGUCCCUAGAGUAGUGAUAAUCAAGAUGGGUCUAGUUACUCAAGAUCUCAGUCAUUCUGAAGCAGUUUCCAGAAUGGUCUGAUUUUACCCUACUCUAGACUCUUGGACUACCAAAGUUUGACCAGCUUAAAGUGUAUCUUGGUUUCUGAACUCAGUUAAAACAAGCAUUUAUUAGAUGCCUAACGUGUGCCCAAACCUGUACAUCCAGGAAUGGCUGGUAGUACUACUGUAUGGAGCUCUUGAGGGUAAAGACUGUAUCUUAGUCGCCUCUGCAUUCUUGGAAUUACCCAUUCAUAAUAAACACUCAGAAAUGUUUAUUGAAUGAAAUGAGGCCUUGAUAUCAUGACUGCAUAAACUUUAGGACCUUAAGUUUAGGACCUGAGCCUAGCCCAUUUCAUUACUCUAUUUGUCCAAAAAAUUUUGACCACCUGCUUGGUGGUGCCCUGUUCAACUGAGUACCAGUUAAGUGCCAGUGCCAGUGCCAGGUUUUACUGUGUUGGGACUACGUAAGUGAAUAUAAGAGAAAUUUUAGGCUCACUGUCUAGGUGGUAGGUACUGAUAGUGAAAAACAAAAGUAAAUAUACAGGUCCUUCACACACUCUAAUCUUCUAGCCUGGCACUCUCUUUUGCUGUUCUUGAGCAUUAUUUGGCAGCUGACUUGAGCUGUGCCCUAAAGUCAGGCCUUACCAAUAUAUGGGCUAAGCCCUCAGAGACCAUGGGAAUGUGGGAACAAAUUGAUACAAUGGAUGAAUCAAGCAUAGGGUAUUGAUCCAUGGUGAGAAUUGCUUCUUGGGCUCUCUUCUGGCCUAGAAUUUUGUUCUUAAUGGUAGGACACAUUCUAAGAAUUUGUGGAGCUAGAAUUAAGAAUGAAGCUUAUAUUGGACUUCCCAGAGCCUGUAAUCUGCUCAUGGUUGUAUGACUCUUAAGAGUGGAUUGGAAAAUGUAUUGUGCCCUAAACUUAUUUGAUCACCGAAUCCUCUUUUGCCAAGGGACAUCCUGGAACACGGAGAAAUAUUACCUAAUACUUCUCAAAAUUAUUAUAUUUACAUUUUUUACCAGUACAACUUAGUGACGUAAUGAAUUCCAUAUCUAUGCUUAGUAUUUUCCUUAUCCAAGACUGGCUUUCCAAUGGUCAGGAAUCUAUAGGUACCUGCUUACUUUAGAUUUCUAAUUCUCAGAAGGUGUUUAGACUUGCCCAAAUAGACCCCGGAUCUGCUCUGUUUUUCUAAUACCCAUGCUUCAUUAAUAUACUUCUAAUGAGAUUUUAUUAUAAAAAGCAGCAUACACUUGGUAGAUAAUCUUUUUUAAGGAUUCCAGAAAGAAGAUGAUUACUCAUAAUUCUACCACCCCGAGAGCAACUACUUCUCAUUCAGUGGUGUUCAAAUGAAGGUGUGAGUCAGUAUCAGUCAAGGUAGUACGUAGGCGGACAAGGUAGUAUGUGGGUGGACAAGGGUGUGUAGGUAGGCAAAAAUCCUUGGGCUGUGAUUCCAAAGCCUCUAAUUCAGUUGGUCAGGGGCGGAACCCAAGGGUCUGCAUUUUUAGCAAGCCCUCUGGGUGGUUCUGAGAUAUAUGGGUAGCAAACCACACUGGGAGAAAAAACUCUUCUUCUAUGCACUGAAAAAAAAAUCGAGUGUGCAUAGAUAUUUUAUAUAUAUUUAAACAUACUAUGUUUAUGUAUGUGUGUAUGUUUUUACAUGUAGGGUGACCUCAACUGUUCUUCUCAUUUAACGUUAUGAGCAUCUUCCCACGAUGUUAACUGUUCUUUGAAAGCAUGAAUUUAAUGAUUUUAUUGUAUUCCAUUCUAUAGAUGUAACAUAAUUUUCCUACUUUGGGGGCAUUGAGAUUGUUUUCCAUUAUAUAUAUAAAUAAUACUAUCAUGAAUAUUCUUGGGCAUAAAUCUUUGUAUCUCUGAAUAUUUCCUUAGCAUUGAUUUAUUGGACGUUCAAAACAUCUGACUUGUUUUAGACUCUGCGUGGGAAUCACCCACUUGUUUUCUAGCUCACACUCUGCAGCAGCAUGAGAGAGGCCUAUUUCGCUACUCUGUGGGUGGAUGAUAUAGUUCAUCAAUUAAUGACCUUUCGAACACUUCUAAAACAUUUGUCUUUUAAAGAUUAUUUUGGCCUCCUAGUGCAAAUAGCUUUAUUUUGACUUUGAACUAGCACAUGUAAUUCAACUGUAAUUUCCUUGAAUAUUCUUGUGCCAACUUCAAAAUUUGAACAGUUUUUACUUAAUGGGGUACAAGUCCUAUGGCUUCAAGUAUGUUUAUGACUGAUGUACAGGGAAGGUACUUUUGUCCUCACAAAGAUAUCAAUUUAGAGUGAAAUGUAGUGGUUCUGUCCUUAUUGAUUGAUUUGUCAGGGAAUGAAUGAUUCAGAGUAAUUUUUCUUACAUGGGAAGAAUAAAAAGGAAAUGCUAGUAAUGCUUUGAAUGUUCUCUCUUGGCAGGAGAAGAAUAGAGUUUGGGCAUGGUGAGACAUGGGGUAAGAUCAAGAAAUUCUUUUCUUCCCUAGGAGAAAGUAAACAAUGCUUAAAACUAGAAAAUAAAUAGCACUUUAAGCAAAUCAUGUUAAAAAGAAAAAAGAAGGGUGUAGUAAAUACCAGAAGAAUAGUUAAGAGUGGAGGAAGGGAUCCUUAGUGGAAGGUGCAAGGGGGUAUGAGGGGUAUGAGGAGGGAUGGUCGGAGGACUACUGUUUUUUAUAAGCCUAAUAGUAGUAGUUCUAUUUGCUAUUUUGCAUGAUUUGUGUGUGUAUAUAUUCAUUUAGUUUAAAAUUUAUAUUAAAACACACGUAGAUACGAUCAUCCUAAAUAAUCGUGUCAGUUGCUUAUGGGUGCUCCAGCUAUUUGACAGUUCCUCUCAAGCC